AUGAGCGAUGAUAAAACUGAGUUUAAUCAAAUAUUAGAAACGAACCCAGAAUUCAUAAAUUGGGCAAAGGUUAGUGAUGCUUUGUGGCACGUGACCAAUGGCUCAGGCGAGUUAAAGAAGGAAGCUAUGUAUCAUCCACCAGAUCAAUCAGAAUCUGUGUCGAAAUACAUUGAGAGACGCCUGGUUGAGAGGGGCUGGCCGAAUGAGAUUGAGCAGAUACUUGUUCUAAUUAGAGAUGAAUCUAAUGCAACAGUAACAGCAACAGUACAUGAUAAUAAUGAAAAUUCAAGUAAUCCUAGCAAAUCAAAUACACCUAAUCACACAGGAUUAACAGAGGAACAGGAGGAAUAUAAUAUUAUUACUGCCAAAGUCUAUGACUCUAUAAAGCAAUUACCCCACAAUCCCGUGCAAAUUGCAAACACGAUAAUUAACUGCAUCUUUAACGCAGUCUUUGAAGCUGAUUCUAAAAUCAGAAUUCUGGCUUUGGAGGCUGCAAAUAAUGAUCAGCUUGAUAUUCGCACUGAAAGUGAAUACAUAGAUGUCUGGUCCGGCAAUAAGAAAGCCAUUAAAUUAUUGUCUGGCUGGUUUAAAGAUGCUUGCUCGACACACAAAUCUGAUAUUGAAGAAUGGAAGCCAACUCAGCUCCCUUUAUUGUUGUUCCUGACUAAAAUUAACUUUGAAACCGAGAAAAUUAAACAAGAAGAUUUCUUAAGUCUCGUUAAAGUGUUGUGUGCUUCACCUGACCCAAAUGUUGCAGAAGCAGCCAGGAACUUGGAGCACAAGUGGACCCAGCAGGUGUCACCGCCGCUACCACAGGGAAGAAGCUCAAGGUCGAGUUCCAAGCGCUCGAUCGAGACAGCCAACGAUGAAUCAUCCAAGAAGGUGAAAGUGGAAGGAAAGCCACCGGCCACUCUCUUUCCCAGUGCCAAGUCUACAAUAUCGAAGCUGCCGUCCUUCAAAAAGGCACCCAAGGUGCAGGAGAUACCAGGAGUACAUACGCAAGCGCCAGCGCAAGAAGGGAAGAGUAGUACACGUGCAUCUCCUCAACAAGCGCCGCCAUCUGCAGCAGCCAGCAGAGCGACACCAGUGAACAAACAAAACCCAUUCGCCGAUUCGCUGGCCAUGAUGAGUCAAGAGCACCAGAAGAAGCGCCCAACAUUCAACGACCACCCGGCCAGGCCACCGCCAGGACAGCGGGAACAGCGAGAGCAAGAGAAGCGCGCGGCGGAGUCGGCAGCGGAUAGUGCGAAGAAGGCCAACAGUAAAUCCGUACGAUGGAUGCCUGAGCGUGAGCUAGUCAGUGUGAGGUGGAUCGAGAGCCGUGCGGAGCAAGAUGACCACCACGAACACCUCGGCGACGCUAAGCAACUCGAAGUAGACGAGGGAGCUAUGCUUAAGAAACAUAUCACGUCUGUCGACGAAGAUCAACCAGAGGAGUAUGACAUUCAGGGACAAGCGGGUAAUCAAGCGCAGACGUACGCACAAUCACAAUCACUACCACACCAAACACCCCCUUCUACACCUCAAAAGCGCACCAAAGAUAUCAGACAGUGGUUCGAGCCGUAUAUCUGCGAGAGAAAUCUGGAUGACCAGGCAGAAUUAACGUCAUCCGAGAAAGAAGUACAGGAGCAGAGAGAAGCGACGACGAUAAUGGCUACAUAUCUCACAGAAGAUCAAAUACCAUUCACACCAGCAGAGCCCAAGAGGGUGCUUGAUUCGAGGAAUGACGAUGGAAAAACAACAGUGAUGAUAAAGUCAGACACAGCAGAUGAAGCUCCGCCAGUAGCUGGUGGAAUUAGUGCACCUUUAAAUAGUAUACCACCCACACAAUUUGGUUCUUCAUUCGGCUCAAUACCUCCAACGAACAGCAUCCAGCCUGAGCAGCAGAUGAUGCUCCAUAAUAUACUAACAGGUAAUACGAAUGCGGGUGGAUUGCCUAAUUUCUCCGCUUAUGACCUCCCGCCUAAGUCCAAGGCGUUUUAUCAGCAUGGGGAGAGGGAGAGGAAGGGCAGUGGAAGUUAUGGAGGUGGCUAUGGAGGUGGAUAUAGCGGCGGCUAUGGCGGUGGCUACGGUACCAACUACAGCGCUAAUCACAGCCCCGACAGCAGUCUCAACAUUGGCUCAAAUGGCUCAAACAACUACUACCAAAAACCAAAAUACGAAUGUAAAUUCUACAGACAGGGAAACUGUACCAAGGGGAGUAGGUGUACGUUCAAGCAUUCAGCAUAG